AUGACUCAUCAUCACCUUUGCACGCUGUUUUUGCCUCACUUUAGGACGGCCGUGGACUUAAGGUUAUGCAGUGACAUUUAUCGACGAAGUGCUGGGCUAGACGGCAACUGCUGGACGGUGAAUCCUCACAAACGUCAUGAUAUUUCCAGAAUGGAGCGCCCAGAGUAUACACCUGGCACGUCAGAGAUUGGCUCCCUGACAGCACAUUCCAACGAGGACAGUCAAUUUGUCGGUAGUUCUAGCGGCGUCUACUUCGUCAACACGGUGAAAAGGGCCUUUUCAACUGGUCUCAAUGGAUCAGGGUUCCCAGAGACAGAAUUUCCGACAGCGGAGGAUACGUUAGUUGGUGCAGAUGACUUGCCCCGACAUAAGAAGAGACAGCGCCUGGCAGCCUCUAGCGCAGAUUCCGGUUCCUCACCUGGAGCGAGGGAGGCACCUUUGCAGUGGAAGUAUGACCCACAAGUAGCAGCCUACCUGGGCAAUGCGCCGCCACUGGAACUGGCAAAAGAGCUGAUGAUGGCCUACUUCAAAGUCUGGCAUCCCCUCUUUCCGUUCCUGCAUGGGCCCACCUUCCUGCAGGCCAUGGAGACGUUAUAUUCGAACGCACCGGAAACAGGGACAAGCGAGAAAAUAACCCCGGAUCACCGAAGCGCCUGUUGGACGGUGAUCUUUCAAUGUAGCUUCCAUCUUGGAGCCCUACUUUGUCCUGAUGUGGAGGUCCCGCCAGGAUGCCAAAUUCAGUCCCCUGGCAGCAUGACUGCUUUGCUGGGCAGCCUUUCAAUACGACAUGAUAUCGCCUCCCUACAAGCACUUCUUGCUGCCCAGGUCUUUCUUGUUGCUAAAAUGUCACUCAGGCCGGCGUCAACAUUCGGCGGGUGUAUUUUGCGGUCGAUGCUUCACGCUGGAUUGCAUCGUUGCCCAUUUCGCUAUGCCCAGCUCUCGUCCCAUGAUCGGCAAUUGCGGAAGAGAAUUUUCUGGUGCGCAUAUGCCAUCGAUAGAUAUCUGAGCCAGGCACUUGGCUUGCCGCUAGGUAUCCAGGACUCAGACAUUGACGUCUGUUUGCCAGCUGCACCGGAAUUGCAUUCUCCGCCACGAGUCAGAAUUUCUAAUCCGAUAUUGUCUACAUCGAAAUCAAAAGAAGAGACUGGGCACGCAUACGAUGGAGCUGAAAAUCCCACGGAGGAGAGUGUCACUUCGGACCGCCCACGUUCUGUGAGUGCCGCACGUCGGGACAGCCACAUGGAAGAACACCGCAAAAAGGAGGGUGUUCUGGCCAGUUUUGUGGACUCUGGUACACUGACCGGGCGAGCUCUGGAAUUAUUUCACAAAUCUAUUCUCGUUCGUUCCGUCUCCAGGAGUGCAAAGCUUUUUUUAGUGACGGAUGUCCACAAGUGGUGGAACAGCCUCCCUGUUGAGCUUCAAGGGAAAUCACCCGGUGCUGGUGAAGAUCCAAACUUGCCGCUUGCCGACAUCCCCUUUGACUUUGGACCUUUCUUCACAAUCCUAUAUCAGCACCUGAUUUUGAUCAUCAAUCGACCUUCACUCUCACUGGAUCCUUCAUCUGCGGAAUUUUCUUCUGGACUGCAGACGUGCAUUGGGGCAGCCCGCGCCAUUCUUGCUGCGUUACGGCUUCAGGUGGACAAUCAGCAGGCCUUUUUCUGGCCUGGAUUUUUGUCGGCUGCUUGGAUGUCCGGGCUCGUCUUGGCAUUUGCCUGCCAACUUAAGCAAUACACGUUGGGGAAGGGACUACAGGAAAUCGAAGAGUGUUUGACCUUUUUGCACUGCAUGUCUUCUCAGUGGGAAACUGCAAGGCACUGUCAAAUGACUUUGUCAUUGCUGUCCACAAAGAUCAAACAAAUGGAAGACGACCCAAAUUUAGCAGUGAACUCACAUUCUUAUGCCCUUGGAAGGAUGGAAAGAGCAAAGGACUCGCUAGGGCCGUCGAACCCGCACGAAAAAACAACUAUGAGAAGCGGUGGCCAAUGCAGAUAUCGAGCUGAGCAGGUCUAUCCUACGGAUCGUGAAAGUCUCCAAACCUUUAUUUAUGACCAUGGAGGACCUAGGAUUUCUUCGGCUCCAGUCACCUCUGAGCAUCAGCCAAACUUUGAUGGAGAGGGAUCAGCUACCGAGAGACCAUCUUCACAAAUCCUGGAAGUUCAGAACAUGGAUACCAAUUACCUGGCUGGGGGUUCCAGCUUUGAUCUGAACAUGGGAGAUCUAUUUGAAGGGUCAGGUUUCGACUCGCUACUUGAUAUGAUUGGGCAGCAGUAUCCCGGUUUUUAG